GCUUACAAAGAAAUCCCUCUUAUUCCUACGUUUGUUUCUUCGUUGGUUGUUGGCAGAGAAGAGAAGAUCGAAGAAGAAGAAGAAGAUGGAGGAAGCGUCAUCAUCAAAGAGCAUAGCACACCAAAUCGGAGGGGUCCAAAACGAUGCACUUCGCUUUGGACUCCAUGGAGUCAAGAGCGACAUCGUUGGUGCUCACCCUCUCCAAUCUUCCCUCGAAUCUACAAGGAGGAUGGAAGAAGUGAUGAAGAGGCAAUGCAAAGUGAACUUGUAUGGCACUGCUUUUCCACUGAAGGAGGACUUUGAUAGGCAAAUACUGUCCCGAUUCCAGCGGCCUCCUGGAGCAAUUCCAUCUUCAAUGCUGGGUUUGGAGACUGUUGCAGGAAGUCUUGAUCACUUUGGUUUUGAGGAUUGUCUUAAUGAUCCCCGUGAAUCAGAGACUUUGCGGACAUUGGACAUGCAUCAUGGGAUGGAAGUUCGUGUUGGUCUAUCCAAGGGACCAAUCUACCCAAGUAUUAUAUAAUUAAAUUUGACUGUUAUGCUAGUACCAAA